GUGUCUAAAGCUUACAUACGAAAUAUUGAGGCUGUGAAACGUCAAUCCACUUGGAUCGGAGGGUAGCUCCUCACGCUCCUUAAUGCCGGAAGCCUGCGUAUAGCCAUACGAAUGGAUCAAGCUGUCUCAUGACCGCACCCUGUGUAUAUGUAUAGGAGGGGACCUUCAUCAACAACGGUAUUUAUGUCUCUUCGAGCAGUUCAACGCUUACAAACGAUUGGCAACUUCCUGCGUCCUGCGUCCGCGAUGUCCGCAUCUCUUCCGCCUACCAUUCAUCAGGGUAUCCUGAAUGUUCCUGGAGCCACUGCGGAAUCUAAAGCAACCGUAGAACGACUGCUCGACGAUGAUAGAAAAACCCAUCAUUGUCUCUUUGGGAAAGGUGGAUUCCACAAUCACGCCAGUCAUCAUCUGCUCGCUGCGUAUGACCUUGGCGCACCAGCCAAGUUGUUAGAGGCUAUUUACGAUGAGGGAAAGAAGGGCUUGAACCCUCUUCGUCCUGAUGCAAGUACAACGAAAGAGCCAUAUACAGUGACCAUAACUCGAGGGAACUGGACCCAAUAUCUGGGUACUGACUACGAGCACUUGUAUGCGGACUAUCUGGAAUUCUUUGCAAAGGAGAUCCAAACGUCGGGAAUUGGUCAGACCCUAGAGGACUAUGUCUUCUCGCAUGCUGCGAAUGGAAAUGGAUCAUGUAUGCUACUGAGAUUUGUCAGUGGAGCUGUCCACCCCAUGAUCCAGACGGGAUAUGGCGUCGAGUUCGGCAGUGAUGUCAUGGUAGCCCAAGCUCUUGCUCAAGCCGCAGCCCACUCUCCCUUCGCACCUGAGAUAUUUGACUUGCAAGAGCUGAGCAAUCAAACAGGUGGCGUGAAAUCGAAUGCAGCAGAUUCUAGUCACCGUCAGCCUGCACAAGGAAGGUCACUUCUAUCCAUUCUCAAGGAAGCGUACGAUUCGCCCAUCUUACAUCCAGUGAUGCCAUACGACCCGGAUGCUUUGCUUAGCAAGAGACGGCGGGACGCUGUGAAAGAUGGGCGAGCAGAGGAAAUCCAGCGCCUUUCUGCCCUAUGGAAAGUGGAUAUCACCAGAGGACAACGGGAACUCGAUGAGAAAGUGGAAGAACUGCUAUGGCUCACAACUCUCCUGUUCGCUGGAUCAGGCAGACGAGGACGAAAACCACGCCUGGACUUCUUUUUGAUGCAUAUGCUGAACGUCACCCUCUUCGUACCUUCGCUAUUGAAUGCCAUCCCAACGAUAGAGUCCAAGGCCCUUCUCCUUCGUGCGACGCUUCCCGUAUUCUUGUUGUAUUUGAUAAUGCGUGGUCGACCCCGAAUUGACCCCGAACUCAUGAUGUCCUACACCGCAAAUCCACGCCCGCCCAAAUCCGAGAACGCCCCAGCGCCCGACUCCUCCGCACUUGGAGACCCUAGGAGAGAUGAAUUUGCAAAUCCUUGGCCGGCAAUCGUCGCUUCCGUCUUGCACGCCCCGGACCCACAUACUGUCAAAGCCAUCCGCGCGUUGUACUAUGCAGCACAGAAAUACGGAACUACUCCAGCUGGAGGUGCCAUUGGUGCUUUCCAGCCUAAUGGAGAGGAGACGCACAAAGGUACGAGCAAGACGGAUGGGACGAUCUUUGUGAGAGCUGCUGGGGUUGUUAUGGACGUUCUUGGUUGGGUUUCUCAUGGCCAGGAAGAGGGAACUUGGGAUCGAAGUGCAUUGGGUUGGGACGACGCAUGGAAGACGGAUGGUAUGAAAUCUGUGAAAGCAACGACUUAAUGUAACGGUAUGAACCUGGGGAAUUUGUUGAGUUGCUUUUUGUACUUGUACGGGAGCUUUAGGGUCUGAGUCAUUGUAACCAUCAACGGAAACCUUCUUUGUUCAGUAGUUGCACAGUGAUUAAGAAUCCGAGAAUGAAGAUAUCAUUGCUUCU